UGGGGCUUUGGGGAGGAAAAAAAAUACUAAUGAUAAUUAUUAUUGGUUAUAUCCUCCCUCCCUCUAGUGACUUCUCCCUACAAAGAUUUCUAAGCUGCAACAGUCACAAGAACAGAAUCUUCAAGUAUAAUUUUCAUUUUAUUCAAGUAUCUGCUCAGCUGUUUUCUUCAGCAUUUCCUAAGCAAUAUUCUGCUCAAAGUCAAACUCCAUGUCAACACUGUCCAAUAGAAGUAUACUGCAGGCCACAAAUGUGAGGCUUGUGUGUAAUUUUAAAUUUUCUGGUAGCCACAUUAAAACAAAGUAAAAAGAAACAGCUGUGAUUAAUUUUGAUGGUUUAUUUUCUUUAACCCAAUAUGUCUAAAAUGUUAUAUCAUGUAAAAAUUAUUAAUGAAAUAUUUAGUCUUCGUUUCUGUACUAAGUAUUCAAACUCUGAUGUAUAUUUUACACUUACAGCACAUCUCAAUUCAGACUAGCCGCGUUUCAAAGGCUCAAUAGCCAUAUGUGGCAGGUGGCUAUCAUAUUGGACAGCACAGCCUAGAUCUCAGUUUAACCUUCACCCACCAACUGCUUCUCUUUGCUAAUGAUCCUGAUUUCCAGUGUUAUCAAACACUGAUCAAACACACUCAUCUGCUACAUUCUCCCUUUCUUGCUUAAGUAAAUACAUAAAUCCUUCACCCAUCUGGAAGGCCCUCCCUCCUUCUUCUCAUGCUCUUCUCCUUCAGAACGUUGACUGCUGAACACUCCUCCAGAGAAGGUGCCUCUGCCUAAUUCCACCUGGGUAUGGGGUCGCAGACUGAGAAGAGAAGUCGUUGGUAACAAGCUAGAGUGAUCUUGGGGAAGAGGAAAGGGUGUGAAGUGAAGCAGGCCUGGGUUUGCGUUCACGCCCAAGCUCUGCCACUGACUGCCCUUGAUAGAAAGGAGUGGGUUGGGGCUAGGACGAGUAGCUGUCAGUAUUUGAAAAGCUCAUGAAAUAGGCCACAAUUAGCGAUAAUGAUCCUCUAGUUUAGCCCAAGGAAGCCAUACUUGAGAUGGUUCCAUUUAUGGAUCUUUCAUAGACCCCAUGGGGUGACUAUUGUCUGUGACACUGACACAUAGGGUUAGCACUACAAUAUCAGCCUGUGAGCAUUCCGACCGUCAAAAGGCAGCAAGAGAGCAAGACAUCUAUUGCUCAUCCUUGCCAAAUCAGCCAGCUACAUCAACACUGACUCGCUUUUUAAAUUAAGGAAUUAAUAUUUAAUACUUUAGUCAGAUUGUUUUUGCAUAACAUAGCCACAUUGCUUUGCAGAGCUACUGGCUUGCAGGCGGAAUGAUUUUGUCAUGAGAUUAUUAACCCCAGAUCUGAGCAGUUUUUAUCCCCUCACUAUGAAGUUUAUCAAUAAUAUCCCCAAAGUCUAGCAAGUGCUGCCUCUUUUAAACAGUAUCAAUCUGAAGGAAGAAGCAACGAUAGGUACAAAGCGGGAGAAGAAGAUUUAGUUAAGCAUUUAAUAGUCCAGUCAAUAUUUUCUAAGUAAAUUAUCUUUUACCCUUUUAAAUUAGAGAUGAGUGCCAGCAAGUUGCAAAUUAAAGUGGAAACUGGUUAAUUAAAGUGGAAACUCCCUCAGGCUUUGUGAAAAAGCACUGAGUACCACAACCCCAUGUCCUUGUGAGAUUAUGAUUAUGAUACACUGUUUAAAAACAUCAUUUUUAAAACCCAUAAAUCUAACUAGUGCUCUUCCAUAACCCAUUCCCAACCAUUUCAUUGUGUUAGAAAGAGAGAGACCUUGAUGCUCCCACAUUUUUGCAAAUAGGAAACUGUCCUUUUAAUAAUGCCAUUUUAGGGAUGCGUGUCCUAGGUCCCCAUGUGUAUGUGGUGUACAACUUUUAGUUUCUUCAUCAUUAAUUGAAAUAACUUUCCCAAAACACAAAUCAUCAAAGAAAAAAAGCUAGUUACCAAGGAGACUCCCUGACGAAUCAGAUCGUGAUAUUUGGACGUACUAAUCUGCUUAGUUCAAGAAACCUUGUAUUUAAAUGAGGAACAAAUUGUAUCUCAACCAACUAUGGAUCAUGAAUUUCUACUGGCAAGAAGUACAGACAGCUUUAAUUUAUUUUUUUAACCAUGAAAGAAAAUUAGCAAGUACCUCUCAUAUGGAAUCUGUGAACAGAUUUAGACAGGUGGGGAACAUCUCUUGAGCAUGCUCGAUUUAGGAAAACAAACACCAUCCAAGGACAAAGUGGCCCAGUGGAAAUGACUAAGGAUAACCCCGAAGAGCCCUGCAUUUCCAGCCAGGAAUCUGCAUGAGGAUGCUCUUAGAAAUGGGAACUAAGGAAAUCUCUACAUCUUUGGCUGCAGCUGUAACAUUUUCCAAAAUAAAGGCAUUGCCACUAAAAGAAGGUUGACUCCUGAUUCACCUCUGCAUGACAAGAGUGAACUGCAUGGAUAAUUCGGAAAGUCAGACCAGAUUUUUUGGUUCAUGGCUAGAUAAAAGGAAGAUUAACGUUCAUAUCCCAAAGUUUCUUCAUUGAUGCUCAUCAUAUUUUUGUAACAUGCCUUGGUGUGUUUGCCCGUCUGGAGUUUCUACAUGGCUGCACAACGGGAAUCAAGUAGCUAUUACUAAAGGAAAGCUUUGCAAAGAUAACAAAGACAAGGCACAUAGCCAGAGGAAUGCUGAAGUCUCCUCUUCUUGUGGGAAUUAGAAUACCACCCAGGACUUGUGGGUAAAACAAUUAGUGGAGGCGGUGCACAGAACUCUGCCGGGUGGAAAGGAAGUUUCAAAAACUGUGCGAGUAACCAGGAGUUUGUAAAACAAAGCGGGAUGCAGAACCUCAAUUCGUAUUAUUUAUUUUUACUUUUAUGACUGCUAUUUUCGUUCCUGAGCAGUCAACAGAGAAUAUUAGGAAAAAGACUACAGUUUUGAAAAUGUCAGUACUUGGAUUAAAUUAUUUCCGCCUUGUCUGAAAAUACCUUUAAAAUUUGAGUGAAGAAAAAGAAAGGGAAAAAUUACCAAAUCCUUGGAAACGGAAGAUUUCUAUAAAUUACAUAUUUUUAAAUAGGCUUUCUUCCUAAAGGUGAAACUACAGAGGAAUAUAAUUGGAAGGAAAAAUACCUUUGCCUGACACAGUUGAAAUCUCCUUCCUGAGAACUUCAGGUCCACUGUUGCUAAGGUCUUUUCGCCAUCCCUCUAGAAAUUCCACCAUAAAGAAAGGAGCCCCUGGACCACCAUCCUCUAAGAUGUUUAUAUGGACCAGUGGCCGGACCUCUUCAUCUUACAGACACGAUGAGAAAAGAAAUAUUUACCAAAAAAUCAGAGACCACGACCUCCUGGACAAAAGAAAAACUGUCACAGCACUGAAAGCAGGAGAGGACCGGGCCAUUCUCCUAGGACUGGCCAUGAUGGUGUGCUCCAUCAUGAUGUACUUUCUGCUGGGGAUCACACUCCUGCGCUCAUACAUGCAGAGUGUCUGGACUGAAGAGUCUCAAUGCACCUUGCUGAAUGUGUCCAUCACGGAAACGUUUAAUUGCUCCUUCAGCUGUGGUCCAGACUGCUGGAAACUGUCUCAGUACCCCUGCCUCCAGGUAUACGUGAACCUGACUUCUUCAGGCGAAAAGCUCCUUCUCUACCACACUGAAGAGACGAUGAAAAUCAAUCAGAAGUGCUCCUAUAUACCUAAGUGUGGAAAAAAUUUUGAAGAAUCCAUGUCCCUGGUGAAUGUUGUCAUGGAAAAUUUCAGGAAGUACCAACACUUCUCCUGCUAUUCUGACCCAGAAGGAAACCAGAAGAGCGUCAUCCUAACCAAACUCUACAGUUCCAACGUGCUGUUCCAUUCACUCUUCUGGCCAACUUGUAUGAUGGCUGGGGGCGUGGCGAUCGUUGCCAUGGUGAAACUCACACAGUACCUCUCCCUGCUCUGUGAGAGGAUCCAACGGAUCAAUAGAUAAAAGCAAAAUGGAUGAGAUCAUUUUCUUUAAAGCUCAAAUACUGUUUUCUUUCAUUCUUCACCAAAGAACCUUAAGUUUGUAAUGUGCAGUCUGUUAUGAGUUCCUUAAUAUAUUCUUAUAUGUAGAGCAAUAAUGCAAAAGCUGUCCUAUAUGCAAACAUGAUGUCUUUAUUAUUCAGGAGAAGAAAUAAGUGUUUUGUGUUGGUUGUUUCAUAAUCUUGUUUCAAUGCUGGAAUUAGAACUUCCUUCUCUCGUUCCGCCAAAAUAGGGCUCAGUUAUUCAUUUGCCAAGCUUUGUGGAGGAAUGUAGACAAUAUCAAUGUGAUAAGGUCUGUGUUCUGAGUUUUCAGAUCUCUUGAAGACAUUUCUGCAAUAUUGUUCAUCAUCCAUUGUUUACUAAAGCUACAGCCAAAAAUAUUUUUUCUUUUCCUACUCUAAAACUGAGCCCUGUAGCAAGUGAAGGGACCAGAUUUCCAAACUAAAGGAUGUCACACAUUUUCCUUGUAUUUCUACCAUAUCACUGUAAAAGAGGAGGGAAAUCUGACCAGCUAUUUUUCUUUUAUUACUUUCUAUUCAUAAUUCUAGAUUUUUUAACUGAUUUCCAAAAAAAAUAAGCUGUUUUCAUUAACAAUUCUGUAAUCUCUUCUUGUGAUUUAAAUAGAAACUGAACAGAGCCCUUUUCCAUGUAAGACCCUGCUACUGUGUGAGGAGACAACAUUUAGAAGGAGUUUCAUUACCUGUGAACUGACUGAAUGUUGAGUAGAUGCUCCAUUACAAUCCAGGAAAGUCUAUGUUAGUAAGAGAUUUGUGGGAAAAUCUUUAUUCCAUUUCAAUUGAACUGUUAGGUGGUAAAUCUAAGAUCCCAUUUGCUGGUCAAUUCUGGUAGACUGAUUUCAAUGGGUAAAUCUAUUGUGGCGAAUGAACGUGUUGGAAUAUUGCUCUUUGGGAAUUUGUGUUUGAGUUAAUGAUUGUAUAUUCUCUCUUUCUGAAAAGCGCCCCCUGUCGGGAUUUUAAAGCUAUGUGCACAGAGUAUUUGUCUCCUCUACAUGUUUUAUUUUUCUAUUUACAAUAAUUCCCUUUUUUGUUGCUAGAUUUUAUACACAGAAUAGACCUUUUUUCCUAACACACACUUGAACUGAAUAACAGAUUUAAAGGAAGCCUUUGUUCACAUUGCCAUUCGCUUAUUGUAUUUGGGGGGAAGAAGGAGGGAUUGGUUUUAAACAAAAACAUUCCAUCUUUUAUUUAACAUCAAUAUCAAGAGGAGAAGACAAACAUCUAACUUUCUCAUCUAUAUUUAAGUACCUUUUUGUAAAUGUACUAUCAAAGUUUUCUAGGUAUUGCAAAAUUUUACAAACCAUAUUUGUGGAAUGAAUGGUGAAACUAAUCUGAUGAAAUGGAAAUGAUUCUGCAAUAUUGUAAUUCAUAGUUUGACUUUUCAUAAGCAAAUAAAUCCCUAGGGUAUAAUCAAGACUUCAAA